AUGGCAGCGCUGCCCGGGACGGUGCCGCGGAUGAUGCGCCCGGCGCCGGGGCAGAACUACCCCCGCACCGGCUUCCCGCUGGAAGUGUCCACCCCGCUGGGCCAGGGCAGGGUGAACCAGCUCGGAGGGGUUUUCAUCAACGGGCGCCCGCUGCCCAACCACAUCCGCCACAAGAUCGUGGAGAUGGCGCAUCACGGCAUCCGGCCCUGCGUGAUCUCCCGGCAGCUCCGCGUCUCCCACGGCUGCGUCUCCAAAAUCCUCUGCCGCUACCAGGAGACCGGAUCCAUCCGGCCCGGGGCCAUCGGCGGCAGCAAGCCCAGGCAGGUCGCGACUCCCGACGUGGAGAAGAAAAUCGAGGAAUACAAGCGGGAGAACCCCGGGAUGUUCAGCUGGGAGAUCCGGGACCGGCUGCUCAAGGACGGGCACUGCGACCGCAGCACGGUGCCCUCAGUGAGUUCGAUUAGCCGCGUGCUCCGCAUCAAAUUCGGCAAGAAAGAGGAGGACGAGGAGUGCGACAAGAAGGAGGAGGACGGCGACAAGAAGGCCAAGCACAGCAUCGACGGCAUCCUGGGCGACAAAGGGAACCGCCUGGACGAGGGCUCGGACGUGGAGUCGGAGCCGGACCUGCCGCUGAAGCGGAAGCAGCGCCGCAGCCGCACCACGUUCACGGCCGAGCAGCUGGAGGAGCUGGAGAAGGCGUUCGAGAGGACGCACUACCCCGACAUCUACACCCGCGAGGAGCUGGCCCAGCGCACCAAGCUCACCGAGGCCCGCGUGCAGGUGUGGUUCAGUAACCGCCGGGCUCGCUGGCGCAAGCAGGCAGGAGCGAACCAGCUGGCGGCGUUCAACCACCUGCUGCCGGGGGGCUUCCCCCCCGCGGGCAUGCCGGCCCUGCCCCCCUACCAGCUGCCCGAGUCCUCCUACGCCAGCACCGCCAUCUCCCAGGACGGCGGCAGCACCGUGCACCGGCCGCAGCCGCUGCCGCCCUCCACCAUGCACCAGGGCGGGCUCGCCGCCGCCGCCGCCGCCGCCGCCGACUCGGGCUCAGCCUACGGCGCCCGGCACGGCUUCUCCAGCUACUCCGAGAGCUUCAUGAACGCCGCAGCCCCCGCCAACCACAUGAACCCCGUCAGCAACGGCCUCUCCCCGCAGGUGAUGAGCAUCCUGAGCAACCCCAGCGGGGUCGCUCCUCAGCCCCAGGCUGAUUUCUCCAUCUCUCCCCUCCACGGCGGCCUGGACAGCACCAACUCCAUCUCGGCCAGCUGCAGCCAGCGCAGCGACUCCAUCAAGUCUGUGGAGAGCCUCCCCACCUCGCAGUCCUACUGCCCGCCCACCUACAGCACCACCAGCUACAGCGUGGACCCCGUGGCCGGCUACCAGUACGGCCAGUACGGCCAGACCGCCGUGGAUUACCUGGCCAAGAACGUCAGCCUGUCGACGCAGCGCCGGAUGAAGCUGGGCGAGCACUCGGCCGUGCUGGGGCUGCUGCCGGUGGAGACGGGCCAGGCUUACUGAUCCCGGGACCCUCCUGGCGGGAGCGAGCGGGGAGCCGUCCCCGGGCCCUCCGGAGCAUUCCAGGGGCAGCUCCAGCCUGUGGCCAGAGACCUCGGCUGGGGAGCGUCUGUAACUCCUGGCCACGGCAUCCCCCACACUCCAGGACUCUGCGUUCCCUACGUAGCUGGCAUAGUCAAAGCCAAAUUGAGCGCUUUUUUUUUUUUUCUUUUUUUUUUUUCUUUCUUUGUAAAAGAAAUGUUUCGUUUUUGUUCCCUUUCCGUCGCUGUAAAUUUGGUGGAUGUUGUAUAGCAAGGAAUAACCAAGCUGAACAUUAAGGGUGAUGUAAAUCAGGACCACAGAAGACCUAUGGACCAAAUAUAAGGACUUGUU